CUUCAGUAUUUUUUUUAAUUUCGUGGCGUGCGUUUGAUCUUAGCCGCUGUUCCGCUUGAUUUUUGGGUGUUUUUGUGUUUGUGCGAGAGCGCGCGUGUGUGCGUGCGUGAAAAGAAAGAAGCCGCAGAGGAAAAUCCGAUUCUUGGAAAUCUUAUCAAUGAGUUUUUAGGUGCUGCCACAGUUAGAAAAUGCCAACGCAUUCAACAAAUCUUGCACAUUUGUAGCCUGCUGCUGUUGUUGUUGUCGGCGCGUCUGUCGUUUGUUAUUACUGCUACCACGCCCACACUCACAGACACACAGGCGCGCGCACACACACACACACACACACACAGCAUGGCAGCCACGGUGUAUAAACGCCUACACAGCGCCAGCAUUGGCGGCGGCGGCGUCGGCAGCAGCCUCAUCGCUUCCACAACUUCACCCGGCACCAUGGGCGGCUCCUCGCCCAUGCUGGGCCACUCGCAGCUGACGCGCUCGCUGGAGCGCAUCCUCGAGGAAGCGCACUUAAGCGGGGAGCUGAUACUGACCAAUCGCAAGCUGAAGGACUUUCCCAAAACGGGCACCAAAUACAGUCUUACGGAUACCGUUAUUGCAGAUCUGUCUCGAAAUAGAUUCUGUGAGCUGCCCGAGGAGAUCACAACGUUUGCGUUUCUGGAGACGCUGAUGCUCUACCACAAUGCGAUACGCAGCAUACCGGAAUCCGUGAAACAGCUCUCCUCGCUGACGUAUCUGGAUCUGCGCAGCAAUCAGCUGGGCUCACUGCCGCGUGAGAUCUGCUUCCUGCCGCUGCAAGUGCUCCUGGUCUCCCACAAUCGGCUGGCCGCGUUGCCCGACGAGCUGGGCCGCUUGGAUCAGACGCUGACCGAUCUGGAUGCCUCCUACAAUCAGCUGGCCGCGCUGCCCGUUCGUCUCGGCGAGCUGCGCACCCUGCGCUCCCUUUCGCUGCGCAGCAACCAGUUGCUGUAUCUGCCGCGCGAGGUCACCUGCCUGAGCCUCGUCUCGCUAGACGUGAGCAACAAUCGUAUCGCCAGCCUGCCCCAGGAGAUACGACACAUGAGCACAUUGGUGGAACUGCAGCUGGAGAAUAAUCCACUCACCUCGCCGCCGGCAAGCCUCUGUAUGCGCGGCCUGGUGCACGUGUUCAAGUUUCUGGAGACGCAGGCGACCAAGGAGGAGAAGGGUGCUCGAGCAGGCGGCAAUUAUGAUGGGUACACGACGCUGCGACGUGCACCGCGUCACAAUUCCAGCGGCAACAUGUUGGAAACGACGACCAGCCAACGGCAUGCCGGACGCCAUCAGAUCGACUCCGGCUACAGCACCAGCGAUGGGCUGGACAAGCGCUGGUCCCACGAUGCGCCCGGCAAGUCCAAGACGGACUCGCCGCUACACUGUGCGACGCUGCCGCGCACGCUGCCCUCUGCGGGCAGCGGUCAGCCACAGUCGCAGCAGCAGCAGCUAAGCGCGGAUCUGAUGGAUGCAUCGCUUACCUCCAGCACCAGCACGAUUGUGGACGAGAGUCUGACGCUGAGUGCGGGCGUUUCGCCCAUGGCCUCGCCCUGCAAGCGAUCCACUUCGUCCGCUACGGAGCACAUCAGCUAUGUGCACUCGAACAGCUCCAGCAAUGGCUCGUCGCCGGACCAGGACGAUGAUCUGAUGCUGGACCAUCAGGAGCGCAGCGUAAACGGCAGCAAUGGCAAGCUGAACAAAAGUCUCAGCAACAUACAGACCUACAAGGAGUACAAGGACGCGCUGAAGCAACAGCGCAAUCAGGAGAUUAGCAGCGUCUACAAGCAGAGGCAUCCCAAUGCCAAUUCCAGUCCCAACGAGGAGGAGCUGCCGCGCCUAUCCAACGGCCAAUCGGCCACGGCCACCGCCACGCUGCCAAAGUCCAUCAUGAAACAGCCCAGCAGCAACGGCCACAACGGCAACGGGAAUGGCAUUGACGAUGUUGUGAUACCAAAGAAACCCAUACAGAAGGUGAUUCCAUCACGCAACACAGAGCUGAUGUCAUCGCUGGCAUUGAAGUCGUCGCCCCCAACCUCAUCCAUAGACCCAAAUGAGGCCAAUUGUGCGGGCUAUGUGAAGCCCCACAGUCCCAUGAAGAAUGGCCUUGGAGUGCUCACCAACAGCAACAGCAACAGUAACAACAACGGCUGCACCGCCAAAUUUAGCACUUCCAAUGGUGGUGCCACCGGCAGCUCCACCGGGCUGGUUAAGUCGCCCGUGAGCGCCACUAGCAAACUGGGCAAUGUGAAGACGCAUCGCAGUGUUACUUGGAAUCAUGAUAUACCUGCCGAGAAGCUGAGCUUCACCAUGCGACGCGAGUUCGAUCGUCAGCGCGAGGAGACGGAGCUCAUGUCCCAGCUGCGUAGCAUCAUUGAAACACGCCUGAAGAUGACGCUCCCUGAGGAUAUCGCAUCGGCACUCACAGACGGCGUCAUACUCUGCCAUUUGGCCAACUAUGUGCGUCCGCGGUCUGUGGCCAGCAUCCAUGUGCCGUCGCCCGGUGUGAACAAAUUGUCAAUGGCGCGCUGUCGACGCAAUGUGGACAACUUCUUGGAGGCCUGUCGUCGCAUUGGCGUGGAUGAGGAGUUGAUUUGCUCCUGUGCAGAUGUUGUGCCACAGCAACAAAGCGAACAUCCACGCGCGGAUGACGACUAUGACGCUGAUGUGUAUGUCGCUGAUAAAGACAACAGCAACAGUUGCAGCGGCAGCAGCAGCAGCAGCAGCAACAACAAUAACAUUGAUACAAAUGCUGGCCGCAAGCGCUGGCAAGUGCCAAACGCAGUCGCCCUGCUGCGCACUGUGGCCGCUUUGAUUGCCCUGGAUGCGAAUCCACAUCAUCAGCAUAUGCGCUACCUGCAACAGCAGGAAGAGUUGCAGCUGAAGCUGCAGCAGCUGCAACAGCAUCAAGAGCAAUUAACUGCACAUAACUCCUGCACCAAACAGCCAGUACAGAUGUUGCAGCAACAAAAACAACAACAACAGCAGCUAGAUAAUGUAUUAUAUGAGAAUUGUGAGUUUGGGAAUGGCAAGGAAGCGCAUAUGUCUGAUGAUGCAACAGCAACAUGCAUGCUCUACGAGCCACUGCAGCAGCAGCAGCAGCAGCAGCAGCAACUGGGUGCAAUGGGUCAGCUGCUGCGCACGGCCAAGCUGAAGACCUACGAGAAGAUCAAGCACAAUCUGUUGAGCGCACACGGCCAGCACAGUUUUCAAUUGAACAACAACAAUCGCACGCUGCAAACGAUAAUCGAAAGCGAACACGAUGUAGCCGCCGCUGGACCGGCUGGUCACUAUCAUCUAAUCGACGAGAAGCAACAGCAGCAGCUACGGGAGCAGCAGAAGGAGGAGAAGGAAAAGGAACAACCGACAGUUAAGCCGCUCGCCAAGCGAAUUGAGUUCUUCGAGCAGCAGCCCAAACUGGAGGUCUUUAGCAUCUAUCGCAUAGAUGAGCCGCAGCUGCAGCAGGCGCCGCACAAGCUGGAGCAGCUGAAGCAACACGAAGCUGGCCCUUUGUUGCUCAAGCACGACUCCCACACGCUGACGAUCAUCCUGUCGUGCGUGUUCAUAGCCACAUUCCUGUGGCUGAAUCUAAUUUGCUGCGCUGCCGAUGUGCUCGAGGGCAAAGGUGCCGUCCAGGUGUCCAUCACGGUGGGUGAACUCUUCCGGCUGCAUGGCAGCGGCCUGGUCUGUGGCGGCAGUGGCAGCAGCAGCGGCGCAGCCACGCCCACAAAAUCACCGACCAGAACAACACGUGCCACAUUGUCGCCCACGCCCCUAGUCUAGUGGUAGGAGGAGGAGGAGGAGGAGUUUCUUUUGAUGCUGAGACACGUGCAGCAAAUGGAUAAUACUUUUGGAGCAACUAUUUGAUGAACACACGCGGGUUUCCUGACAGAAUUUGAAAGUUGGCCGCCUUUUUGUUGUAUUUGUAGCCAAGUUAGUUUAGAUAUGAUGCGUGCACAUUAUGUCAAAUGCUUUGUUAGUUUAUUUAUUUAUGUAAAUACACACAACAUAAACAAAACACGCAAUGAAACCAAAAAGCACACUCAUACAUACACACACACACACACACACACAUACCAACGAAUUUGAGUUAGUCACAAAGAAAAGUAUUUAUUAAAUUUGUCAUUUGAAUUCUGCAUACACACAGUUGUAUAUUAUUAGUUUGUAAACUGGCAAAAGGUUUACCCAUAUGUAUUCCAAACUGUUUGCCAUUUGUUUCUGUUAUAUAUCUAUUGCUGUUUGGCCAAAAUUUGAAUAGCGUACUAAAUGAAUACUGUUUUAAGUAUGAAUCAAUCAGUCUAUAUAUACAUACAUAAAUUACAUGCAUACAUAUAAAUAAUUUGUCAUAUAUCUAAAUAUAUGCAUAUAUGACUUAUUUUAUAAUAUUAUGAUUAUGUAGCUUAGUUCUAACGAUAGCUGUGCUCACUUUUCUACACUUUAUACGAAGCGAAUUAUGCACUAAACUGUAAGUCUUCGAAUAUAUCAAAUAAAAUGGAAAUUGUCAUACGUAUGCUUCCCGA